AUGUCUACCCCUCAGUUCUGGUCGACUCCUCUCCGCUACCUCCGCUGGGCCUCUCACGAACGUCCCGCCAUCUUCUACUCCCUUAUCAUCGGUGCCAUGGGUCCCGUCUCCCUCGUCGCUCUGCCCCCGAUCAGACACGCCCUGGGCGAUAUUGACCCCGAGCCUAUCCCCAUGUCCUACCCCAUUCCCCCCGGCCCCCGAACCAUCCCCAAGGGCUUCGAUGACGAGUAA